GGAAGGGAAAAAGGCUCCGCCUUUUUUUUGUGUGCGCGCGCCGUCCUUGGUUGGCACUGCUGUAACAAAGGAGGAGGCGGCCAGGCCACAGCUCCGGCUGGACUGGAUGAUGGCUCAUGGCGCCGUCAAGCCGUGCUGCUGCUGCUGCUGCUGCUGCGUCGUCGCCCUGCUCGCCGUCGCCGUCCUCCUCGCCGUGCCGCCGGCCGCCUCCGCGUCAUCGAACCGACCAGCAGCGGCGACAUUGCAACGGGCCGAGACGGCGACCACCAUGUACACCGCGAAGGAUCAGUUGCGGGAGAAGCAGGACGUGACCAAGGGCGCGGAGGAGGACGUGGCCACGACGGGGUUCGGCGCGGAGUCGGAGAGGGAGGUGCCCACGGGGCCGGACCCGAUCCACCACCACGGCCGCGGGCCCAGGCGGCAGUCACCGUGAUCGAGGAUCACUUCUCCGGGUUAGCGAAUCGGCCCGGCCGUUGAACCAGAUCCACGACGACGACGUUGGUCCGUGGAUUGCGCUGUUAGGUUUUGUGUGAAAUCUGUGAUGCACUCGGGAUUUAUUCAGAUUCAUUUCUUUGCUGUAGGGAACACACUAGUGUGAGAGCUUAGCUACCACCAUUAUCUUUUGUUUUUGCAAAUACCAAAUUACGGGGGGAAAGGAAUACGAUUCAUGAUGGAUGGGCCUGAGUAGUUCUUUCUCUGAUAAUUUGCAUGUUUCUUUGUGUGGAUUUGAGUUUUGAGUGGACAGUUGCUCCAGUUUCAAGUAUUCUUUUUUAUGUUGAUGCAUGAUU